ACAUAGUUUAUAUGUAUGUACUAUAGACAUAGACAACUAUAGCGAGAAUUAUGGCUGGUUGUAUGUGCAUGGUCAGAACUUACGUACAAUACAGCCAAUACAGUUUAUCAAAAUCAAAGCCAUUGAUAGAUAUUAUCUGGAGAGAACAAUGUGUGAAUUAUCUUUUACAAACUCUAAGAGCAUCCCAGAUGCAACAUCAAUUUUACCAUACCACGCCAGCCUUUUUCAAGAAAAGAAAAACCACCAGUGAAAAGAAACUAGUAUUUGUGGAAGAGAUGUUAUAUGACGGUACCCUCAAGAGAAUUACUAAAAAAUCGGUGCCAGCCGUAGAUAUGUGGGUUGGAAUGACAGUUACAGAAUUAGCAGAAUCGGCUAAGAGAAAUGUUCAGGAUGUUAUAGAAGUUCUUUAUCGUGUACAAAGAACUGAUUCUUUCCAGAAAGAUAGUGUUCUCUCAGAUAUUGGAACAUUAACUGCAGCAGCAAAAAGACUUGGAUACAAAUCUAACUUUAUAUCAAAACAUGUAGAGAAGGAUGUGAAAUUUAAAGAUAUUACCAGACGACCUCCACCUGAUGAAUCUAAAUUAGUGCCGAGACAUCCAGUUGUAACAAUAAUGGGUCAUGUCGAUCAUGGCAAGACAACUUUAUUAGAUGCAUUACGACAUUCAUCAAUCGUGGAUUCGGAGUUCGGUGGAAUUACUCAACACAUAGGUGCCUUCGAUGUAACAUUGGAGUCGGGAGAGCGAGUGACUUUUUUGGAUACACCUGGGCAUGCAGCUUUCACAGCUAUGCGUUACAGAGGGGCUCAUGUAACAGAUAUCGUGGUAUUAGUAGUAGCGGCGGACGACGGUGUAAAGGAUCAAACUUUGCAAAGCAUAAGGAUGGCAAAAAAUGCUAAAGUUCCAAUUAUCGUGGCUAUUAACAAAAUCGAUAAGCCCAACGCUAAUAUUAAGAAAACACAAGAAGAACUUGCGGAACAGGACAUCGUGGUCGAAGAACUCGGCGGUGAUGUUCAGUGUGUGAAAAUAUCUGCUUUGAAGGGAACUAAUUUAAAAGAAUUAACUGAAGCCAUAAUUGUGCAAGCUGAGAUAAUGAAUUUAAGGGGAGAUCCUUCGGGUUUGGUAGAAGGUGUCGCUAUCGAAUGCAGUAGUCACAUUCAUCGCGGGAAAUUAGUCACGGCUUUAAUCCAACGUGGCACUCUAAAGAAAGGAUCUUUAUUAGUUUCUGGGAUUGCAUUUGCAAAAGUAAGAGCUAUGUUCAACGAAUCCGGCCAUCCCGUUUUAGAGGCGAAGCCAUCAGAGGCAAUACAAAUCAUUGGGUGGAGAUCUCUACCCGAUGUUGGAGACGAAAUAUUGGAAGUGGAGAACGAUCGAGUAUUGCAAGAAGUUUUAAAAUUCCGAGAGAAAAAACGUGACGAAGCUUUAGCCAUUAAGCAUCAGAACGUUGCCGAUAAAAAGCACAACGAACAUCUUAUUGACUAUAAAAGGAUAUUAGGGAUAAGGAGAUUAUUCGGCAGAAAUAGAGAAGUGAUAAAGAUGGCAGAGGAAAAGUUGGCCGAGGACAAAAAGAAACGCACAAUUGUAGAUACAACUCCUGCGAUUAACGUUAUCUUAAAAGGAGACGUCGCGGGAAGUGUGGAAGCGUUGUUAGAUAUUUUUGAUACCUAUACAUCCGACGAAAUAUGUCGUUUAAAUAUAGUUCACUAUGGUGUUGGACAUGUUACCGAGUCAGAUAUAGAAUUAGCAGAAACAUUUAAUGCGAUCGUCUAUGCCUUCAAUGUAAAUAUAAAUAAGCAAAUAGAAGCGGAAGUUAAGAAAAAGGAUGUGACUGUUUGUUUUUAUAAUAUAGUGUACAAACUUAUUGAUGAUGUUAAGAAACGAAUCAACAGCGUACUGCCGGAAGUUGAGGUCGAGGAAAUACUAGGUGAGGCAAGGGUGUUGCAGCAAUUUGAAAUAAAGGAUCGAAACAAGAGGGUGACCGUUGCAGGUUGCCGUUGUACAAGCGGUAUUCUCUUGAGAUCAGAAAUGUACCACGUAAUAAGAAAGAACGAAAAAAUUUAUACAGGGAAAUUGGUAUCGAUGAGGCACUUAAAGGAGGAAAUGCCAUCGAUAGAAAUUAAUCUCGAGUGUGGCCUUAGAUUCGAAGAUCCGAUAUCAUUCCAACCCGGGGACGUUGUUGUUUGUUUUACAUUAAAUAGGCAGAAACAAACGAUCGACUGGGAUCCUGGAUUUUAAUCAGAUGUCAUUGUAUUUAAAAACAUACAAAAUAAUAAAUCCACAAAUACAAAAUUAAAAGUACACAACGUAAAA